AUGGCUGGUAACCUGACUUCUCCUUUUCAAGGACUCAAUGCCAAUGUCCCUCCCAGAGUGGUGACUGCUCUUUCGUGUGAACAAUUUCUUUACAGUUUGGCAAGAACACCCAGUCCUGCUCGCUUUCAAAGGCCUCGUUCCAAUGCUCAGAUUCUUUCUGGCCUGAAUAAUACUUUUCAAACUCGUGAGAUCAGAGAUGGCGCGAUUGACUCUCCUCACGAUGCUCCAAGUGCCUACGGACUUAACUCCGUAGAGGGUCCAAACUCUGAGCCUGUCGGGGAAAACCCUGUCCCUCAAGUAGAACAAAUCGUGGACGGAGCGAACAAACGACAGUAUUUGAUACCAAAUGAAACAGCGGCCAACUUCCAGAGACUGGCUCCAGAAGUCGAGUCCAGAUCUAACUUUCAUGCUGCACAAAUACCAACCCCAAUUAGCGAAAGAAAAACUGUUGAAGAGUUGGGCAAGACAGCUGUUGCUUCAGUUGAGCUUGAAGAAUGUAAUACUUCAUUUGAUCUCGGUGAUGAAUCUGGGUACGACAGCAACGAUUCGUCCGGGGAGGAGUCAGCUUCUCUUUAUACCAAUACCAAUAUACCCCUGAGUGGCAGCAGUGAGUUGGAUCAUGCAACAACUCAGUCAAUCAGAGUGGGUUGCCUCGACUCAAAUACACGUAUUCAAAAGCCUUCUCUAGGUCAGCAAGAUGAAUCAUCAGUUAUCAAUGGGAGCCCCAUUGUAACAGAUACAGAUCAAACUUCGCCAGGCCCGUCAAAGAAAAGGCUAAAACGACCUACUCGGACUAGUUAUAAAACACUGGCACAGGAUGAUGCUUUGGAGACCAUUCAGGAGGAAAUACCUGAAGAUAUCGUUCCGGAACGAAUAUGCCGUACUUUUAAUCAGCUACAACUGACAGAAGAAAGGGCCGUGCAGAGGAGCAAUCCAGAGUCUGGAGAAUUUUUGUUCGAUGAUGACAGCUCCGUAAUAGAAAGUCAGCAUGUAGUCCCAGAGGCUGCUCUGCUCAGCAUACGGCAAAAGCGAUUUCCGGAAAUCAGCCCCCAAAUGCCACGCAAAAAACGAAAGAGGACUUAUCCAAAAACAAAGAUGAUGUCUUCUAGGAUCCAUUUCAAAGACCUAACGCUUAUAAGCCGUGCCUCAAAACCACCGGAUUGUCCCAAGCCGGUACCAACCAGACUUGACUUUUGUGACGGUUUCGAGGGUGAAGAAUCUCAACCCAUCGGGCGCACAAAAGCGACAUCUCGGCCACGUCGAUUACCUAUGCCAGGUGUCUUGAGACGAUCAAAGGGGUACUCAUGUCAGCUUCCACUGGUUCAAUCAAGAACCUUUGGUGAUCAGCAAUCCGUACAAGAAGGAAAUUGGGACUUCAAAGAGAGAGUUGACAUUCGAUUUGGACGAGAACAUCUUGCAGAUGACUCAAGCUAUGGCCAUAAAGAACAGCAAAACAGCACCAGAGGUGCCAAACAAGGCGCAGCUAUUAUUAGUCAACCAACCGUAUGGGAUACCAAGCCGGCAGGCCAGAUGUCUGAUGCCGACCCGGAAAACAUCGCUGGCUACAUGUCCCCAUCAAUUGUAGAGGACGCCGGCAUGGAUAUGGAUCCUAACCCACACUCUGAGGGAUCUGAUAAUGAUAGUAGUUUUUCGGAUUCGAUGCAGUUAGAAACUUCACCGAAAGCCACAACAUUUAAACGCCACGUAACGUUUAAUAAAGACGUGGAAGUGAUUCGCCAACAACUGUCCAUGGUUUCGGCACCGCUUCCAACAUCGACAGCAAGUUCGGACGAUGAGUCUGAUGAGGACCACAUAGAUGAAGAUGAUGAUAAUAACCAUAGCGAGGGGUCAGAUAGUCACGCAUCAGAAAGCGGUAGUGAGGCUGGCUCUAGCGCCGACGAACACUCCAUCGAGCCAUCCUCGCCGCAACAUGACCGCAGGUCUUUAAACUUUACACUGCCUUCCACCCCUAUCCGAAGACGGAUUCCAACAGAAGCCUCGGAAUCUUCAAGUGGUGAUGAAGCUGAUGCUGAGAUGCUGGAUGGUGAGAUGAUUCUUGAUGACACUGCCAGUAUGGUCUCUAAAAGAUACCAAGUAUCAGAUGCGGUGCAUUUAUGGGGAGAGAACUAUGAUGAUGAAAGGAUGAAUUUGAGUCCGAGCUGUCCUUGGGCGCCGCGGCGGCCAACUAUCGCCCGCCAUAGAAUUGAGGUCGACGAGGAUAUUUUUGCAUCUCCAUCUUCCAGAGUGCCGAGGCAGAAAACCGUCAACAAUAUAAGACUCAUCCAAAGCCAAAUGAGACUCAAUCAAAGCCAAAUGGAUUGGAGUCCAACACAGCUCGCCACCCCUAUGCCUCAUUCUGAGAGAUACCACAGAGAGCCUUCCAUUGAACUUGCUGAUGCUGAUUGGCCGCCUCGCUCCUUUUUCUCGCAGUCCAUGGCAGAUUCGCAGGCCUCGAGUGUGGUGCAUCACAGUCACCAGUCUAGGCAGUUUAUGGUGACGGAUGUUCCAAGCUACUUCACCGCGGCAUCCCAGAAUUUUAAUCAGCCACCAUAUUGGUCAACGGCGCUGGCAAUGCGGUCAAAAUCAGUGCCGUUGAGAUCGCAGUAUUUCGAGAACUAUGGACAGAAUUGGGACGGCGAUGAAAAUAUUCUUAGCAAUUUUGUGCCUGAAAAAAAGGUCGCAUCAUUUAUGGGAAGUCAGGAUGAGAGGGGCACAAGCUUGAGGGCGUUGACGAGGCAUAUCAGUUUCGGGUUUGGGACUCCAAGGGAAAGACGUAGGAAUCCUUUGUUACCGUUCAGGCCGCCAUUAAAACAUAUUUAAAGGCGCUAUAUUUGUGUAUCAUUACAAGAUUUUGGAGCCAUAUGGCUAGAUGAUGGAUGGCAUUGAAAAUGUGCAAUUGCUGUCUUGCUAUUUUUUUAUCAAACGG